AUGUCGUCACUCAGGACAUGGUUCCGGGGCAGCUCGGCGCCGGCGUCUAACAAGGCGGCCAGCCGCGAGGCCAGCCCGGCUGUCUCGGCAUCGACGUCUUCCACGGCCAUUUCUGCUGCUGCUGCUUCAUCUUCUUCUCAAGACGAACCCACGUCUUCCGUAUCCCCUGCCGUCGCACGCGAGCUGUCCGACCUGCAGGACGCCAUGGCCUCGACGGCCCUGCUGCUCAACGACGACAUGGAAGGCGCCGAGACCCGCCUGCGCGCCCGCAAGGACAGCUCUGUUUUCCACCUGAUGGGCCUGGGCGUGUCGACGUUUAUGCGGUCCGUUCUCGGCUUCGAAAAGGAGUUUAUGAACGAGGCCAACGCCCGUCUGCUGGAGUGCGAGUCGCGCGCCUGGGAUGAGAUGAAGAAGGCCCAGUCGGCCGCCAGCGGUGGAGGCGGUGGUGGUGGGGGGUGGCUUGGAGGCCGGGCCACAACAACGACAACGGCGGCAGCCCCGACGUCAGGUACCCAAAUCUAUCCUCCUGGCAGCGAGUACGCCCUGGUGCACGCCGAGUCACAAAUCAUGCUGGCCGUCGUCGCCGAGCUGCACGAGAGCCUGACAGAAGCCAUCCGCGGGUUCUACAAGCUGCGCAAGGCCUUUGUAUCGCUCAGCGGCAUAAUCGCGUCGGAGGAGGCUUACCUGCGGGGCGAGACACCUGUGCACGCCCACGGUACUGGCGAGAGACGCUUGUCGUACACAGAGGACCCCAUGCCGGGCGCGUUUGACGACAGCGAGUUUGCCGACCUAGAGGCCGAGGCUGCUGCCGAGGUGGAAGCGGAAGCGCAGCGGCCGACUCUAAAGGCCGGCGGUGCCAAUGGUGCCAAUGGUGAUGCUGAAAAGCAGGAGGCGGUGCCUGCCCCGGCGACACCCACAAAAGCAACCACAUCUCCCCUCUCCGAAAAGACAGCGGCACUUUCGCUCAACGGCGGCGCGCCACGGGCUAGCAGCCAGACAUCGCGCAGCCUGGCUUCGACGCCAACAGCCGCGGUGCCGUCUGCUACGUCUUCCGCUGCUGCCGCGAUGCGUGCCCGCAGGCGCCACCUCGACACCCUCACCAACCCCGUCGAUAUUUUCGUGCACUCGGGCGUCAACCUGUGCUUCGGUCUGCUGUUGUUGCUCAUCUCCAUGGUGCCGCCCGCCUUCUCGCGCCUGCUGUCCAUCGUCGGCUUCAAGGGCGACCGCGAGCGCGGCGUGCGCAUGCUGUGGCAGAGCACCAAGUUUGCCAAUAUCUACGGCGGCCUGGCGGGCCUCGUGCUGCUCGCGUACUACAACGGCCUGAUGGCCAACGCCGACAUCCUGCCCACCGACGACGACAUUGCUUCAUCCAAGUCGGGUUCUACCGCGAGUCACGAAGACGCCGACGACGAGAUCGUCGGCUACCCCAGGGAGCGCUGCCGCAGGCUUCUGGCGCACAUGCGCACGCUGUACCCGGACAGCCUGCUGUGGGUUUUGGAAGAGGCCCGGCUGCUGUCGACGGAGCGCAAGAUCAAGGAGGCCAUGGCCGUCCUGCAGAGCGGUGGUGGUGCGACUUCGGACGGCAAGCCGCGCGUGGCCAAGAUGCGCCAAAUCACGGCCCUCACCAAGUUUGAGCUGGCCAUUGACUCCAUGUGCGCCAUGGAGUGGGACACGAUGCGGGAGGCCUUUUUGGCCUGCGUUGAGCUCAACACCUGGUCGCCCGCGCUCUACUACUACAACAUCGGCUGUGCCGAGCUGGAGCUGUAUCGCACCGCCUUUCACCGCGCCAAGGCUCUGGCGGCCGAGGGCGAAGCACAAUCGCAGGAAGCCGACAUCGCCGCCACCGAAGCGGCAAAGUACAAGAAGGCCGCCGAGGCGCACCUGCGCAAGGCGCCCACGAUGGCCGGCAAGAAAAAGUUCAUGGCCCGCCAGAUGCCCUUUGACGUCUUUGUGAUCCGCAAGGUGGCGCGCUGGGAGGACCGCGCCAAGCUGCACAAGGUUGACCUGGCCGACGCCGUCGGCGUCAGUCCCGCGCUCGAAAUGGCCUACCUGUGGGGCAGCGCCAAGCGGCUGCCGGCCGACCUGCUGGAGCUGGCCCUGACAAAAUACCUGCCGUGGACACGUUGCACGGCCGAUGCGGCCGUUGUCCAGACCUUCCAGGCGGCGCCGGACGAGAGCGGCAUCGGCAGUUUAUGUCGAGCGGCGCUGCUGCGGGCGCUGAACCAAGGAGAGGCGGCCAUGAAGGUGUUGGAAGAGGAGUUGUUUGUCCAUGACAGGUCCGCCUUCAAAGGCCCGCUCAAAGACGACUACGUUCAGGCGGCCGGCCACUACGAAGCCGCCGUCAUCCUCUACAUGCAAGCCAACGAUCCAGCUAUGUUUCCAAGCGGGGACGACGCCGCCGCCGUCGACACGUACCGCCGCUCGCGCGUCAACGAGAGUCUGGCUGAACUCGACAAGGUGGCCAAGUGGGAGACGUUUGUGCUGGACGCGCGCAUUGGCAUGAAGCUGCAGACGGGCAUUGGCACGAUCAAGUGGCUCAAGGAGAAGAAGGGGUGGGCCUAG